UUUACAAUGAUAGUAGCAAAAGUGGGAAUAGUUUUGUUAACCUGGACGGCUUUAGUGGUAGCUAGAAAAACAUAUUCUGGUUACAAAGUGUUUGAAAUACAGCAACACAAUGAAGAAGAAGUCAAUGCCAUUCAGGACUUGUAUAGAAAUCACGAAAAUCUUGAUUUUUGGCAUUUGUCAAGAAUUGUUGGUGAUACCGUGCGUGUAAUGGUCCCACCGCAAGAUCAACCAGCAUUCACAAACUUUACAAUUACUAAAGGACUUGAGUUAAGGGAGCUCCCAAUCGAUUUGCAAAAAGUAAAUAAGCAAAUUAUCGAGGUCACCACUAAGCAAACAAAUAUAACCGAAUUGAUAACGAAGAAGUUUUUGCGCCACGGUGAAAUUAACCAAUACCUCUCGGAGCUAGCUGCCAAGUACCCAUCCAGAGUACGCGUAGAAGAAAUCGGGAAAUCAACUGAGGGACGUUCCAUGAAAACCAUAACAAUUGCUGCGAAAGACAAUCCGGAACAGAAACCGGUGGUGUUCGUUGAUGCAGGAAUACAUGCAAGGGAAUGGAUAGCGCCUUCAACUGCGCUCUAUAUAAUACAACAACUGGUAGAAUACCCGGAUAGAAACGAUGCAGCGUUGUUGGAGAAAUUUAACUGGAUCAUUCUACCGGUCGUAAAUCCUGACGGAUACGAAUAUUCUCAUACUGACGAUAGAUUGUGGCGAAAAACUCGAAGCACCAGCUUUACCAGCUUUAUCUGUCAAGGAACUGACGCGAAUCGAAACUUCGAGUAUCACUGGGCUGAAGUGGGUGCUUCAGACAAUCAAUGUUCUGAGAUUUUCCACGGUCCAGAAGCUUUUUCUGAGCCGGAAACACGCGCCAUUCGCAAUGAACUACUACGGCUUAAAGGGCGGUGCCAGUUUUAUCUCACAUUACAUUCGCACGGUCGAUAUUUGCUUUAUCCGUGGGGUUGGACUGAUAGUUUGCCGGAAACUGUGGACGAUCUCAACGACGUAGCUAAAGCAGGAUAUGAAGCAAUUUUAAGUGCCAUCGGAUUGAAAUAUACUUUCGGAACCUCCACCAACGUUCUGUAUGCGGCAGCAGGUGGUAGCGAUGAUUGGGCAUUUGCCGAGGCUGCUGUUCCAAUAUCUAUCACUAUGGAAUUGCCGAGUGGUGGCGCUAGUGGUUUUGAUCCUGCUCCUGAACUUAUUGAAGCUUACGUUAUGGAAGGUUGGGUUGGUAUCAAAGCGAUGGCGCUCAAAGUGGCUGAGAAAUAUCCUGUUUUGGUGACCAACGGGAGUGAAAAGUUCUCCUGCUUCUCUGUUUUAUUGUUUUUGACCGGUCUUGUCAUAAGCGUUUUACGAAAGCCAUAA